AUGAUGGCCGUCCCUGGGAGCUUCUCUCUCUUAGGUGUCGGCUCUACUUGUGAAAGGCCGCGUGGAACAGCAGUGAGGAGAGAUGGAAUGAUGCAACCAGAGAGGAGCUUCCAGAGUUUGGGCUCUAGAUACAGGCAAAACUCUUUCAUGUAUGAUGUGAAGCGAGGUGUGUACAAUGAGGAGACCUUUCAACAGGAACACAGAAGGAAGACCGCUUUCUCUGGGAACUUGGACAUCGACAUCAGCACCGUCAGUCACCAUGUCCAGUGCCGCUGCUCAUGGCACAAGUUUCGAAGAUGCAUGCUUACAAUCUUUCCCUUCCUAGAGUGGAUGUGUUUUUAUCGAUUCAAGGAUUGGCUUCUUGGAGACUUACUUGCUGGCAUAAGUGUUGGCCUUGUGCAAGUUCCCCAAGGCCUGACGUUUGGUUUGCUGACAAGGCAACUGGUUCCUCCUCUCAAUGUCUCUUAUGCAGCUUUCUGUGCUUCAGUAAUUUAUGGAAUUUUGGGAUCAUGUCAUCAAAUGUCCAUUGGUACUUUAAAGCUAUCAAUGGGCAUGUUAGGUUUUGGCUUCAUUAUCACUUACAUUCCGGAGGCUGCAAUCAGUGCUUACCUGGCUGCCACGGCACUACACAUUAUCCUGUCCCAGUUGACCUGCAUCUUCGGGAUUAUAAUUAGUUUCCAUUCUGGUCCCAUCUCCUUCUUCUAUAACAUAAUUAACUACUGUAUAGGUCUCCCCAAAGCUAAUUCCACCAGCAUCUUACUAUUUCUAACUGCUAUUCUUGCUCUGAGAAUCAACAAAUGUAUCAGAAUUUCCUACAAUCAGUACCCCAUCAAGUUUCCCAUGGAAAUUUUUCUGAUUCUUGGGUUCGCUGCAUUUGCAAACAAGGUAAACGUGGACACAGAAAACAGCAAGAUGCUCAUUGAUAUGAUUCCUUAUAGCUUCCUGUUUCCUGUAACGCCAGAUACGAGCAAUCUUACUGAAGUUCUUUUAGAAGCGUUCUCCUUAGCUUUAGUGAGCUCCUCUCUGCUCAUAUUUCUGGGCAGGAAGAUUGCCAGUUUCCAUAACUAUGAUGUCAAUUCCAACCAGGAUUUAAUAGCCAUUGGCCUUUGCAAUGUCGUCAGUUCAUUUUUCAGAUCUUAUGUGUUCACUGGUGCUGUUGUCAGGACUAUUAUCCAGGAUAAAGCUGGAGGAAGACAACAGUUUGCAUCUCUGGUAGGCGCAGGUGUGAUGCUGCUCCUGAUGGUGAAGGUGGGACGCUUUUUCUACAAACUGCCAAAUGCUGUGCUGGCUGGUAUUAUUCUGAGCAAUGUCCUACCCUACCUUGAAACUAUUUACAACUUACCCAAUCUGUGGAGGCAGAACCAAUAUGACUGUCUCAUUUGGAUGGUGACGUUCAUAUCUGCAAUUUUACUGGGACUGGACAUUGGAUUACUUGUUUCAGUAGCUUUUACCUUCUUCAUCAUCACUGUUCAGUCACACAGAACUAAGGUUCUCCUCCUGGGUCAGAUCCCUAACACCAAUAUUUAUAGAAGCUUCCAUGACUAUCGGGAGGUUACAAACAUUCCAGGGGUGAAGAUCUUCCAGUGCUGCAACUCCAUUACAUUUGUCAAUGUUCACUACCUAAAGCGCAAGCUGUUAGAGGGGGUUGAAAUGGUAAAGGUGCCUCUUACAGAAGAAGAAAUUUACAGCCUGUUUAAUCAAAAUGAAGAUGGCCCCCAGCGAGGAAAGAUUUGUUGGUGUUUCUGCAACUGUGAUGAACCGGAGCCACCUCCCAGGGUUGUUUACACAGAACGAUUUGAAAGUAAACGGGGCCUCGACUCGUCCUCCAUUAACCUGGUCCGCUGCUCACGUUUCAAGAGCGUGGACACAAGCCAGACUAUGUCCGAUGACCAAGUACCAUACAUAACAUCUUCCACAUCCCAGAGAAAUCCAAACUACAAGGAGGCGGAGAAAGUUUGGCCUUCUGAUGACCCCUCUAGGAGCAUGUCGAUCACACUCCCUGAUGCUUCUGAAACUCAGGUCGGGGGUAGAACACUCCUGCCUUACUCGACUUCAUCUCUUCUACCCAGCAUCCACACCAUCAUCCUGGACUUCUCCAUGGUACAUCUUGUGGAUGCACAGGCUUUGGUCGUACUAAGACAGAUGUUCAAUGCUUUCCAAAACACCAACAUCUUGGUGCUUAUUGCAGGGUGUCACUCUUCUGUGGUCAGGGCACUUGAGAAUAAUGAUUUCUUUGACGCUGGCAUCACCAAGGCCCAGCUGUUCCUCACCCUCCACGAUGCUGUGCUGUUUGCUUUGUCAAGGAAGUUGCCAGAGUCCUCCGAGUUAAGUGUGGAUGAAUCGGAGACAAUGAUACAAGAAGCCUACUCAGAAACAGACAAGAAAGAAGAAUCAAAACAUAAAAUGAGCAGCUGUCUUAUAGAAGACCCCAGAAGUAAAAGUCCAGCCUUCACCAUACUCCAGGACCCAGUAACAGAGGAGGAAUCAGAGCUAGACUUUGAUCUGUAUCCCACGCAGGAGUUAGAACAAGAGACUGGGCUAGAUCCGGACCUAGACCUGGAUCAUGAGAUGGAGCCUGAGUCAGAGCUGGAGCCUGAAUCUGAGCUGGAUCCAGAGACAGAGACCAAGCCUGAGUCCACAUCCAGGCCAAGGUCUCAGCAGCAGUACUAG